UUCAGCAUGCGACGAUGUACUUCUUCAUUUUUAAUCUCUGGUGUUGUGGAUAUAGCAGUGCACUAUGGAGUCCCUCUCCCGCCUAAGACUGAUUAUAUGUCAAUGGUGAUUGCCUUGGUGGUCGAGGGGUUACUGUUCAAUAGCCACGUACAUGGCAGGUCGGAGCUCGACAUACACAUACAUAUGUUGCUGGUGUAUGUCAUCUUCAGCACAGCUGUGGUUAUGGCACUGGAGGCAAG